AUGCCUUCGGCACAGGGCAAAGGCAAAGGCAAGACCGGCAGCUCCAGUCGCGACGCCCGACGUUCGCGCAGUCGCAACACCACCCCGAUCUCCUCGGUCUCUGGCAUCCACCAGUCUGUUGAGCCCAUCACCACCUCACCCUCCGGCAUGCAAUCGACCCUGAACCACCUGGGCAGCCCGUCGAGCGUUUUUAUUGAGGAGAUAUUCAACAAUGGCGGCCACAACGCCGGCAUUCCCUCCCCCGAGGCCCUCCACAGCAUGCUCGAAGAGGUCAAGAAUCGCUUCCUUCCCGCCCAGACCACGCGCAGCGAGGCCAACGAGAAGUUCAUGCGCCAUUUGAUGCAGCGCCGGAAAGCCCGACUCGAACAUCAGCACGCUGAGGAGCGCGCCGACCGCGAGGCGGAGGAGCGAAAACAUAAGCUGAAGAAGGCGAAGAAGCGCGAGCCCGACGAGGAGCGUCCGUUAGCACGUACAGUGAUUAACGCGGCUCCAGAUGCUUCCUCGACCAUAUCUUCUCCAAUCUCGCAGCCUCCUCCUUCUGCUACCGGAACUGGCCACGUCGAAAAUGCAGCCUCUCCAAGCGGCUCUGAGGAUUCACAUCAGCCCGAGAAGGCACCCGCAGUACCAGCGUACCAAACAUUUGGCCCCGAUCCGACUAAAUUCGACGAUCCCACCAUAUACCAUAUUCGCGACAUCACUGAAGACACGCCCGAGGACCUGAAGAAAGAAAUCCUGGGCGUGGCCCGUUACCCAAAAAGCGAGCUGAAAGACCUUACACCAGGCACCCCUCCUGAUAAGGAUUUCAGUAAUCCGAAGCCGCAGACCCAAGUCAAUGCAAGCGUCUUUGCCAACUAUGUGGAGCCUUAUGUGAGACCAUUGACAGAGGAAGAUCUAUCCUUCCUCAAAGAACGGGGGGACCGUGUCACGCCGUUUCAAAUGCCCAGGCGUGGCCCACGACACUACAAAGAGAUAUGGGCCGAUGAAGAUGGGGCCAUGGUCGUGGAUCCACCAAUGGAGAAACUUCCACCAAACGAACCUAGGGGCAGCAUGGACAUGAUGAACGAUGACAUUGCAGAAACUGAUGCUGUGGCGCCUGGGCCCUUGGUUUCUCGAUUGCUCUCCACCCUGCGGUCUGAGGGUCGCACGUCCUCCGGCGAACCGAAUGGCACCGUCAAUGGUGAUAUGGAAGUAGAUGGCGAAGGUGGAGAUUCGUCCUCUGCGCCCCAGCAACCCGCGACGCACAUGUCGGAAUCGAGUCAGUCGGCAUGGAAGAACGCACCUGCUACAAAAAUGGACUAUGCAUCAAUGGAUGAGCGUGCCAUGCAAGAAUUGAUACACAUCGGCUUCCUGUCAGCGGAUGAUAAGCCGGACUAUGAUGGACAUUUCGACGACGAGGUUGCAGCACGUCUGCGCUAUCUGCAAGAUGAACUGCGGAAACAGUCGAUCAUCAAUGGCGCACGUAAAACGAGAUUACUCGAACUCGCGCAACACCGCAUGGCGCAACAAGAAUACUGUGCCAUUGAAGAUGAUCUCAACAACCAGCUCAACGCCGCCUACCUCAAACGCAACCGCAACCUUGGCAAGGGCAAGAAGAAUAGUAAGCGGCCUGGCGGUGCUGGUGGUGGUAGCCAUGCAGUUGUUCAGGUUGGUGCCGGGAAUACUCGUGGACUCGGCGAGGAGAUUCGUGCACUUAUGGAAAAGAAGGAACGCUGGACAAGUGUCAUUGGUCCUGUUGUCGACUACGGCAAGGCAGGCAUUCCCAAGGAGAGCAUCUUUGAUGAUGAAACGAUGAAGAAAUACACGGAGAAGGAGCAAGAAGGUUGGACGGAGGUGGAAGAAUAA